AUGUCUGAACCCAUCAGGAACAAGAAAGCGGACAUUCCGAUCGCGCCGACACCUCAAAACACUCCAGCUAAUAACGCCCCGAUCUCUUCUCAUGCCCAGCAACCUGGAAUUGCCAGCAUUAAAGAAGAGUCCCUUGACCAUGCUACGGCCGCUUCCCUUUUCGCACGCAAUCCGGGUCUAGUCUCCAUGAUUCAAGGGAAACUGGGAUCUCUUGUCGGCCGCUCUUCAGGCUACAUCGAGUCUCUACCCGUAUCGGUUCGCCGGCGAGUUGCUGGACUGAAGGGUAUUCAGAAGGAGCAUGCCAAGCUGGAGGCUCAGUUCCAGGAAGAAGUGUUGGAACUCGAGAAGAAGUAUUUUGCGAAAUUCACUCCUCUUUACCAGAGACGUGCCACAAUAGUUAAUGGUGAGACGGAGCCCACUGACUCGGAGGUUGCAAAUGGCCGCGAAGAGGAGGAUGACGCCGAGGUCGAAGGCGAAGCUAGCAAAGAUGAAGCCAAUGAUUCAACGACAGCUGGAAUCCCUGAGUUCUGGCUAUCGGCUAUGAAGAAUCAAAUUUCCCUUGCGGACAUGAUCACUGAACGCGACGAAGAUGCCCUGAAGUAUCUUACCGACAUCCGGAUGGAGUAUCUUGAUCGCCCUGGAUUCCGUCUUAUCUUCGAGUUUACCGAGAACCCCUUCUUUUCUAACCAAUCCAUCUCGAAAACCUAUUACUACAAGGAAGAGAACGGCUACGGAGGUGACUUCAUUUAUGAUCAUGCGGAAGGCACCAAGAUCGACUGGAAAGCGGACAAGGAUCUUACCGUACGGAUCGAGAGCAAGAAACAGAGAAACAAGAAUACCAAACAAACCCGCGUUGUCAAGAUAACUGUUCCCACGGAGUCUUUCUUCAAUUUCUUCUCACCCCCACAGCCCCCCACCGAUGAUGAUGAUACUGUCGCCACUGAUAUCGAGGAGCGUCUCGAACUUGACUAUCAGCUUGGAGAAGAUAUCAAGGAAAAACUGAUCCCCAGAGCAAUUGAUUGGUUCACUGGGGAGGCUCUCCAAUUCGAGGAACUAGGUGACGACAUGGACGAGGAUGAAUUUGAUUUGGAGGAUGAUGAAGACGAUGAAGACGAUGACGAUGACGAUGACCGCGAAACUGACCGUGAUGUCGAUGAGGACUCAGAUGAAGAGGUAUGCGCUCGUUCUGAUCAUUUACCAUUAAUCAUGUUCAUAUGCUGA